AAGAGAGGAUGCCAACGACACUGAUGACGCUAACGACGCUAACCAUGGAAGCAGCGCCGCAGACCGUAAACAUAAAACAUGAGGAAAAGAAUGAUAUUGUCUUCUGCUGUCAGUACUGCAAACUCAUGUGUAUCAAUGAGGACCAUCUCAGACAACAUCUGCUGGAGCACAAAAGAGGAGAGUACAAAUGUAACGAGUGUGAAAAAGUAUUUGAGCUCCCAUCAGUGUUGAAAGUACACAUGCGCAUUCACACAGGACACAAGCCUUAUGAAUGUGAAAUGUGUGGAAAGAGAUUUACAGCGUCCUCGUCUCUGAAGAGCCACAUGCGUAUUCACACUGGGGAAAGACCAUUUCAGUGUUCUGAUUGUGAACAGGUGUUUACCCGAUCUAAUGCACUCAAAAAACACUUGGAAAUACAUGCCAGAAUUAAAGCUUUCAGAUGUGACGAGUGUGGAAAGUGUUUUACUAAUUCAUAUGGGUUAGCAAUACAUAAUCUUAUUCAUACAGGUGAGAAGCCACAUAGUUGUGAUUGUUGUGAUAAAAAAUUCAGAUCAAUUGGAUCUUUAAGGGUCCACCUGCAAAUUCACAUGCAUGAGAAAUUAUUUAAAUGUUCCCAGUGUGAAAAGACAUUUAAGCAGGCCCAAGGUUUGAGCCAGCAUGAGCGGGUGCAUACUGAUGAAAGGCCAUUCAGAUGUGACCAGUGCAACAAGAGCUUCAAGUUUCAACCAAAUUUAACCGCUCACAAAAUAUCACACUCCAAAGAUACAGUGUUUUCUUGUGAAAUCUGUGGCCGGAUGUACUAUUCUCCGUCUGGAUAUUGGAACCACAAACGAACGCACAAGAAGGAAGCCAAGAGUGCAGCAUGUGCAGAGACUUUUGUUUGAGCUUUCUAUUACUAUUAUAUUUUACUUCUCAAGUUGUUUAAAUUGCUCCUUGGGGACAAAUGAAGUGGGAUUUAUUGAUUUUUAUUUUUUUUUUAAUGAAGAACAUGUAAAUUUCAAUUUCAAUUUUGAUUUGUUGUCUGCCCAUUUUAAUGAAUUUUUACCAUCCCACUGAAUCUGUUAAUUUGAUAGA